UCCUAUAAUGCAUCGUAAUGCCAGUCUAGACUCUCCAGUUUGACAUACAGAUCUACGGUCUUUUGGGGGAACAGAAUUCCAUUAACCAAAUUACAGACAAUUCCACUUCAUCAAACGCAAAGGUUGUUUUAAUGCUUUCAUAUAUUUACUCUCACAGACCGAGAUGACUAACUGUAGUUUUCAAAUGCAGACAUUUUUUGCUUGAAAUAACAGCUAUCACUUAAUGAUUUAGGAACCCAUCAUUACAACCCGCAAAACUAUUUGACUCUUUUGAAUAAUGUGCCAUAGCUUGAUUGACAAAGCGUUUCAGACAGAUUUGUAUACAGACUUACAAUAAAAGCUUUUAACUGUUUAAGCUCGUAAUGUGAAUGUAAUUACACUAGACGAAUACUGUUGUAUUUACUCACAUUGGAAUCGCCUCUUCACUUUCUAACAUUAUAGAAUGUUUGUGAGAAUGAAAUGUGUUCGGAGUUAACAAAAGCAUCGUCAUGGAAACUAUUAUCUUCAAAUACUGGUCACAUUGAGUUGAGAACAGUACGAGCGGAAGGUGCAGUCCGAGUAUUCAUCACACAUUUGUUAUCCAGUCUGUGGAAAAUGUCUAAGGUUGUCAACAAUGACAUUGGUACUCCCAGUGAAACAGAUGAUGUACAGGACACACUGACAUGUAUCCAGAGACUGAUGGCAUUGUCCGGGUUAUCAUGGGAUUAUCAGCAGCCGAAGUCUGCCGAAAAAUGUUGCAACGGUUGGACGGUAGCUUCCCGGAUAUAUUCAGUUAUGGUGUGCAUAGUUUACAUUCUCCACUGUAUCCAGAUGAUUCCGCCGUAUAUUGCCGCUAAAUCUUUCAUCGACGCAACUCUUACCAUCGUAAACCACAUUGUGACUUUGUUAAGUUUAACCUAUUGGGCUCUCAGUACCAACAUCCACAGCAAGGUUCGCAUAUUCUACAAACGUCUUCGCGAAGCACGAUUGAAGUUUGACAGUUGUGCUACAGCAACGGGACUGAGGCAGAGGAUGAAGAAAGCAUGUGUAUGCAUUACGUUCUUCGCGGCUUCCACUAUUGUGGCCAUCGGAUUAUGUAUUAGCAAACUAGGUGAUACAUCCAAUUUUUACUUUUGGCCUUCACUCGCCUUGUCUUCAAUAAUUACUGGCUGGAUCACUCUGCUUAACCAUUCGUUAUUGCUUCUGUUCUUGUCCAUCUCCCUUCUUCUUACUUAUGAGUAUGAUAAUUGCACACUGAGACUGACAAGGGCUUCUGAAGGGUCCGUCAAAGAAGAGGAUAUUGAGGACAUUCGAGAUUACCAUGCAUCCUUAACAGACCUGGUGGAACAUGUGUGUUCCCUCAUGUCCAGACACGUGGCUGCUGGCUACGUCAGCUCCUUCCUCGCUGUGUGUUUCUGCCUGUACAGCAUCAUCAACGAAGAGAAGUCUUUUACGACCCUGGCCGUCACCUCAUUUGCUGUGAGCUCGUCCAUUACUCAUCUCAUCGCCCUCACCUAUACUGGUGUCAGACUGCAUGAAGCGGCUCAUCAACCUCUGAAUAUUCUGCAUGAUUUGGCUGGGAGAAAUAUGCCAGAUAGAGUAAUUGGACUGGUCACUCUGUUCACCAACAAGUUGUCUCAACGUCAGAUCGGAAUCAGCGCCUUAGGACUCAUGACCAUCACGAAGGACACUAUCCUAACGAUGAUCGGUACUCUCCUCACCUACGUUUUCAUUGUGAUCCAGUUUAAGCCGGAAUCAAGUGGUGGUAGUCGACAAGAUGGAAACAACGCUACGGCAAUAUAGUGGGACCGACGAAUACUUGAGCCAUUCGUUAUUCAGUGAGAGACUUUGUUGUCAUUUCUUAUCACAUCGUCAGUUUUCAACCGAAUCGUGACUGAAACAAGUAUCCAUUAAUAUUUUUAGCCUAUAAAACCUGUCAAAUAUCUUACAUUUGAGAUAACACUUUCUUAGUAAAGUACAGAUUUUAGUACUUUGUUGGGUUGAGUCUAACUUUGUGUGCUGGCUAUUAGG